UUGGAGAUUAGGCAACCACAGCCCUUUAGUUUACUGAUAAAGUUGUGUACAUACAGUAAGUCAAUAGUUCACUGUACUUUCUGUCCACCACUUUGCUGCUGGGGGAAAGGAAACGAACUACAUGUCCAGCGUAUUUGAUACACUGUAUCCGGKUCAACGCACAAGCAGCUGUUGGUAACCAAACAUACAGUACUAUGUAUCUUUACGCGCAUACAAUAUUGUCAAUUUUACACGCACGAUUAUUAACCGUUUUAUCAGUUAUAGUCCAAAAUAUGUUUAAUGUUUGGUACGCAGUAUAUAGGGUGUAAAACUUGAAUAUUUAGUGUCAGUGGUCCUAUCUAUAUUUUUGCCUUUUAGCUUACUAAUAUUGAUGGAUAUGCUAUAAAAGCCUAUUGGUGAGAGGUUCUUUCAAUAACCUACCAAAAAUGGUAGCCAAUAGGUCAAAUUAAUUACAUUUCAUAAAACGACUUAAGAACAAGGACAUUGAUCUACAUGUCAUUGCUCUAAUGGUUUUAUUAACACAGUUUUGUGUCGCUGUGUUUUUUUCUAGAUAUGCGGAUAAAGUGUUUGUGCGCGUCGAUAUUGAUGUUUACGGUAGUAGAGGUGCUGAUGCGGGCUGGGCGGUGGAAUGAGUCAGGGUCUGUGAUGGUGCUGCUCGCGCUGCCAUUUCAUCAGCAGCAACAUUUAUUUCGUUUAGCUUCCUUCAAAAACACAAAAAGAGAUAAGGAGAGGAGUGAAAACUAAACUAACCUUCAGAAUUUAGCCAUAGGUCUAUCACAUUUUACAGUUGUGUGAUUUCAAAACAACAGUGUAGACCUAGGCUAUCAUUCACAAAUGAUAGCAUUCUGGGGAGUAAAGCGUGCUGUGAAUUUUUCUAGGGAGUCAUUAAUAGACCGUUAUAAAGACAUCACAACGAAGACCCGUUGGUAGAUUUCCGCAGGGCAAUUGUAAACUGCUGUUCAUGCGUUGCUGUGAGACGUUCUUUCGGGCGUUUGUUCUACGAAAGCUUCUCAAUGCAACGGAACCUGCAGCAAUCGGGUUCUGAGCCGCGCAACCAAACCACAAGCUAGACAGUAGUCACCAUGGAGGCGAUAUGGUUGUACCAGUUCAGACUCAUCGUCAUUGGGGACUCGACGGUGGGGAAAUCGUGUUUGAUCCGGCGGUUCACAGAGGGACGCUUCGCCCAGGUGAGCGACCCAACAGUCGGCGUAGAUUUCUUCUCUCGCCUGGUGGAGAUCGAGCCGGGGAAACGCAUCAAGCUACAGAUCUGGGAUACGGCGGGACAGGAGCGCUUCAGGUCCAUCACCAGAGCCUACUAUCGUAACUCGGUGGGCGGGCUCCUCCUGUUUGACAUCACAAACCGCCGUUCCUUCCAGAAUGUUCAUGAUUGGCUAGAGGAGGCCCGGAGCCACGUCCAACCACACAGRAUUGUGUUCCUAUUGGUCGGCCACAAGUGUGACCUGGAACCUCAGCGCCAGGUAACUCGUCAGGAGGCUGAGAAACUCGCCGGCGCCUACGGGAUGCGUUACGUAGAAACUUCGGCCCGCGACGCCAUAAACGUGGAGCACGCCUUCACGGAGCUGACCAGGGACAUCUUUCAGCUGGUGAGGGGCGGUGACAUCACUAUCCAGGAGGGCUGGGAGGGGGUGAAGAGCGGCUUCGUUCCCAACGUGGUCCACUCCUCCGAGGAGGUCACCAAGAGCGACCGACGCUGCUUCUGCUGAUCUAGAGGGAUCUACUAGAUCCCUGACUCGAGUCUGUUUUCCCUUAGGUCCUCCUGAACUUGCACCCAGAUCAAUUUCAGCUAUCUAGUCUAGCCAUUUGCCUCUACUGAUCUGCAUCUGGAUGGAGGGAUCCUACCCACAACUAGAUCCCUGCCUGGUUUUCAUUUGAUCCUCCUUGGUCCUCAAAGGUGUCCACUUUUCAGAGUGAUCUGCUAUCUGGAUGGAUGAUGGAUCCCUUCGCUACAAAUACCUGGUUAAUACCUGGUUUCCCUUUAGGUCAGGGAUGGGCAACUUUGAUGGGGGUGGGGGCCACAAAAAAUCUGAACUCAUCAUGAGGGGCCGCAGUGGCUCACGGGUCUGUGUACCCACAAAACCACACACCUGUCUCUGAUUUGUACAAUCAAUCUAUUUGUGCAGUUAAACUACUUAACUCUUUUAACUAAAUGCAUUAUACCAGUAGCUAGGGCCGUCCCUAGCCUUUUGGUGGCGUUAAGCGAGAUUUGGUUGGCAUCCCCCUACCUCACAGGUAAAACAUUUUACUGGCCCCCGUCCUGACGGCGGAGAGAAAAAAGUUAAUUUCCUGCAAUUCUACACAUUUUGCCAUGGUGCGGAGGGAAAAGGUGUGCCAUUUUAUAACAAAUUUCAAGCAAUUCUACUCAUUUUGCCAUGAGACAGAGAGAAGAAUUUGCUGUUUUAAAGCUAAUUUCCUGCAAUUCUAUCCA